GGGUCCCAUCUAUAUAUGUACUUGUCCUUUGUAUUAUACAGUGCAUGCAUCCCAUCAAUUCGUGACUUCUAGGUGUAUCAAGACAAUCUGGCCUCGUUUUAUUAGAACCAGUAACCAGAAAUAACCAGUCAAACUCUCUCUUAUUAACCUAAAAUACCGCACGUCUUAACUCUGUCGGUGUUUAAACUAUACCUAUUUUCCAUCCCGUAAUAAGCUCUACAUAUGUAAUCGAUAACCCCCCUCUACUCCCUCUACCUCUAAUAAGAGAGACCACUUAUAAACAUCAUCAGCCAUCAUGGCUACCUCUACCUUCAAUUCCAAGUCGCCCACCAUCAGGCGCAUAUUAAAAGAAGCAGCCGAGCUCUCCGCCUCCCCUUCCCCAGACUACACGGCAUCGCCCCUCGAAUCCGACCUCUUCGAAUGGCACUUCACGCUGCGCGGGCCACCGAAAUCCGCCUUCGCGGAGGGGAUAUACCACGGGCGAAUCGUGCUUCCGCCGGCGUACCCGCACCGGCCGCCGUCGUUCCGGUUCGCCACGCCGAGCGGCCGCUUCGAGGCCAACCGGGAGAUCUGCCUGAGCAUCUCGGGCCACCACGAGGAGUCGUGGCAGCCGGCGUGGGGGGUGCGCACGGCGCUGGUCGCGCUGCGCUCCUUCAUGGAGACCGACGCGCGCGGCCAGCUCGGCGGCCUCGAUACCAGCGACGCCGUGCGCCGCAAGCUCGCUGCCGAGAGCCGCGGCUGGCGCUGUCCCGUGUGCGCCAGGACGAACGCCGAGAUCAUCGCCGAGUGCGAGCAGCGGUGCGCCGAGGUCGAUGGCGAGAGGAAGGAGGACGAGGUCCCUGCCGAGCUGAAGAUGGGGUUCCGCGACGAGAUGGAGAAGGCGAGAGCCGCGGCUAGUAGCGAGGGCGAGAAGGAGGAGGAGGACGCGGAGAGUGCGGAGUUGGCGGAAGGCUUUGUGCAGACUGUGGUGCCGAGGAGGGAAGAUCCGCCGCCUGCUCCUAGGCCCGCACAGGGGGUUCCGACGCCGACGAGAACGAUACCGCUGCCAGGGGCUGUAGUAGGACAGCCUGCACCGCUGCAAACCACAAGGAGGGUGGAUCCGAACGCGGGAGUACCGCCGUGGGUCGACUACGCCAUCGUGUCGUUGGUGGUGAUAUUAAUUGCGAUGUUAACGAAGAUCCUUAUAGGUCGUUAGUGGUGGUUAGAGGGGAGCGAGCAUGGGCAAUUGGCGUUACGGGCGGGGGAUCAAGGCGUAUGUGAUUGAAUUGAGUUACAUGUGAUAACUAGGGGGUAGUGAUACCAAGAACUGAGUUAGAGAUUGAAUUUAAGGCUUCGGAUGCUACCCGAAACGAGCUACUCGAAUUUAAGCUUACGGAAACAUAUGGGGAACUUGCAAUUGAAGUUAUCUCUUUAAUGCGGUCUAUAAUAUUGAGGAUGGAUGAUGAGAUGGUGGUUGAAGAACUGGGUGGUUAGUUGGAAGUCGUUAAUGCCACGGCUUCGACAACUUCUAGCAAAGUUUUAACUCGAAAAGAAAAGAGCCAAGAAUUCGGCGUUAAACAUGAUGGAAUCGCUGUUUACACGGGCCGUUGUCUCAAACCUACGGCCCGCAGCUACAUCAUAUGAUACCUAUUGUCCUACCACCAACGUAACUCCCCGUAGCUUGAGACGAGCGAGAUAAAUAUAACAGGUACUAAGAAAAUACACAUUCAAGUCCC